AUGUCUCCAAUCCUGAUUGUUGGCGCCACUCGGGGCCUCGGGGCUUCCCUCACCAAGCAGUACGCCGCGAAAGCCGACGAUACGGUGUACGGCACGACAAGAUCAAAGGAAGGUCCAGAAGGCUUUCCGAAGAGCGUCAAAUGGCUUCAUGAAAUCGACUUGACCAAUGACAAAGUCGGCGAGACCAUCGUCAGCCAGCUGCGUGGUUCAGAGCCGUUGUCGGCGGUGAUCAUCACGGCAGGCUAUUUCGCGACCGAGGACUUCAGCGCCGACAAAGGCCCGAACUGGGCCGAAGAGCAGCGCAUGUACACGACGAGCUCCAUCGCACCCGUCUUCAUCGUCCAUGCGCUCGUGCACGCCGGGCUUCUCCAAAAGGACUCCAAGGUCGUGCUCGUCUCGUCCGAGUCCGGGAGCAUCACCCUCCGACACGAGACGGAGGGGGGUGGCAACUACGCCCACCACGCGUCCAAGGCGGCCCUGAACAUGGUGGGCAAGUUGCUGAGCCUCGACCUGAAAGAAAAGGGCGUCGUUGUCAGCAUCGUCCACCCGGGCUUCAUGCGGACCGAGAUGACCAAGGGCGUGGGCUUCGACAAGUACUGGGAUGACGGCGGUGCCGUCACGCCGGACGAAGCUGCUGAGAGUCUCAUCGGCUGGACGUCAGAGCUCGACAUGUCCAAGACAGGCGAGUACUGGGCGCCGAGAGGGCCUGGCGACAUUGGCACGGCCGAGCCGGUGCUCGGGAAAUCCCUCUCGACGCCGCUGCGUCUUCCAUGGUGA